AUGGAUGAUGCUUUGAGUCCAGAUUUAAUAAGUGAUUUACCUCAAAACAUUAUAGAAAGUAUCCUCACGCGUUUACUAAUAAGGGAUGCUGUGAGGACUAGCAUUUUAUCAAGUAAAUGGAGGUAUAAAUGGGCAACGCUCACUCAACUUGUAUUUGAUGAGAAAUGUGUGAUUUCUUGGAAUGAUCGAUGUGAAGUUGAGGGUAGUCUUGUAAAAUUUAUCACUAGAGCUCUUUUUCUGCACCAAGGUCCGAUUCGCAAGUUCCAGCUUAAAACUAGGCUCUUGCAAUGCUGCCCGGAUGUUGAUCAGUGGUUACUUUUCCUUUCUAGGAAUGAUAUGAAAGAGUUGGUUCUUGAAUUUGCAGAAGAAGAGUGGUUUAGAGUUCCUUCUUGUCUUUUUAAUUGUAAAAAGUUGACCCGUUUGGAGCUUUUUCGUUGUGAAUUUGAUCCUCCACCUAGUUUUAAAGGAUUCUUGUGCUUGAAGAGUCUAAAUCUUCACCAGGUUUUAGUUUCCCCUGAAGCAAUUGAAAGUCUUAUAUCUAGUUGCCCUCUUCUUGAGAGCUCCGCAUUAUCGUACUUUGAUAGUUUAUCUCUUACUAUUCGCGCUCCAAAUCUCAAGUAUUUGUGUCUAGAAGGUGAAUUUAAAGACAUUUGUCUUGAAAAUACCCCGCUUUUAGUUGCAAUGUCAGAUACUAUGUAUAUGACUGAUGACAUAGCUGAACACUUUGAGCAAAGUUCAAGCUGCAAUUUUAACAGGUUUCUUGGUGGUGUACCUAACCUUGAAAGGCUCAUUGGGCAUAUAUAUUUCACAAAGUAUUUGAGCAUAGGUGAUGACCCUGGAAGACUUCCAAUUACAUAUAACCAUCUAAAGGUAGUUGAAUUGUAUCGAGUGAGUUUUGAGGAUAGGAAGGAGAUACUCGUUGUUCUUCGCUUGAUUACUAACUCUCCUAAUUUAAAGGAACUUCAAAUUUCGGGUUCCUCAAACACAUUAGCUGCUAUUGUUGCACCUGCUUUGGAUUUCUGGGGGGAAGAAUGCCCUUCAGAUUGCACAUUUGAACAGCUCAAAGUUGUGAAGAUGACAGAUAUGUCUGGUGCGCCUCAUGAGAUGGAGUUCGUCAAAUUUCUUCUUGCAAAUUCACCGGUGCUGGAGACAAUGUGUAUCUCACCUUGUGUAUAUGUCAUGGAUGGAAGACUGAAUAUGCUAAUCGAGCUGUUGAGGUUUAGACGGGCCUCUGCUCAAGCAGAAAUUUUAUUCAUUCAAGAUUAA